AGGAACGUCACGGGCAAGAGCGCGCGCGCGCGCCUGUCGACCCACCGGUCGAUCGACAACCACGUCGUCGACGGGACAAUCGCGGCAACGACGACGGCUACGACGUGGAUCGAGGAAGAAAGCGGUGCACGAGGAUAACAAAGGCACGAUCGAGUUUCGUUUUCUGUUCCCUCGUUCGGAAAGUAGGGGCGACGGAAACACGUAGGAAGAACGAUCGAGGAAAGAAGAAAAACGUAGGAAAGGAGGAGCAAGGGGAGAGAGAGAUAGACGGAGGAGAGCGAGUGGAGGAGCGAAAGAGAGGGAAGUAGAGCGUGGAAGGAAGGAAGGAAAGGAGGAAGGAAGGAAGGAAGGAAGGAAGGAAGGAAGUAAAGAAGGAAGGAAGGAAGGGGGAAGGAAAAAGAGAGAAUCGGGUCGAAAUCGUCGGACAUGUGCGCGGCGCUGUGCUCGCAGGCAGCAGGGACGUGAUGGUACGUAGCUCGCGGCGUGCAAGUUAUCAGGAUUGCUCGCGGUCACGGGUUCGUGACGACCAUGGUGAGGAGUGCGACGGCGUGAGCGACGACAACGAGCGCGCUAUCGCGAGAGAGAGCCUCGGGGCGCCGCACGCCGACGGACGGAGCGGCGUUGCCACCUCUCUUCGCCCGCUGCACCGCGAGAAGCGAUACGGCAACCAAGAACACCGUCGUUGCCACGUCCGCUGCUACGUUCCGCUGCCAGCCGGGACGGCAGCUCGCUGCUGGCCACGGCGACCAUCUCUCUCGCUACGCUGCUGUUUCAGAAUCGACUAACGACAUGGAGGCAAAGGAGAGGGAGAAGCCGCUGGUUAAAGACUUGAACGAACAUAUCGUGUGUCCUCUCUGCAGAGGCUACCUCAUAGACGCAACGACUCUCGUGGAAUGUCUGCAUUCUUUUUGCAGAGGUUGCAUAGUCAGACGGUUGAGCAGUGGUGCCAGAGCGUGUCCCGUGUGCAAUGUCGCAACGUCUCCGCCGCUCUUGCCGGACGUAAAGCUACAACGACUGGUGUAUCUCGUGGUACCCGGCCUCUUCCGGUCGGAGCUCGAACGAAGGCGUCAUUUCCGGCUGGUCAAUCCGCAAUGCCCACCUUUAGCCCUUCCAUUGGGCGCUCUGGACUUAACCUUGGACGAUUUCGUCAGCCUGAGCUUGUGCGAGCUCGACGAACCGGAAGAGGAGGCGGUGGCUCGCGAGCCGGGGAACCGUGUCGGGUCGCGACACCGAGCCAACAAUACCGAUCAAACGAAACACGAGGAGCCGAUCAAGGUUCGAAGCACGCGGUAUCUCAAGUGUCCGGCAGGAGUGACGGUUCGUCAUCUGGUGCGAUUGUUGAUGCUGAAGAGAGGAUGGGAGGAAGCGAAUUCUUACGGGGCGAUCGUCAACAAAAUCGAGAUACUCUGCGAGAAGAGCGACGAGAACCGGCGCAAUAGCACGAAAACGAUGGUACUGGACCAAUCGUGGACUCUAUUGGACCUCGCCUGCAUAUUCGGCUGGAAAAGAGAAGCCCCCAUGAAGCUGUUUUAUCGCAUUACGCGCAGGGAGGUUAUUAUUCCGGAAUCGAGCGACAGUUCCUUCAACGACGAAACGACCGAGGAUACCGCGACCAUGGAAAAUAUUCAGAGGCCGCCGACGCCACCGCCGAGUCCCAAGCCACAGCAGGAGUGCGAAGUCGAGGCCCGUAGGAUUUUAGAAAGCAGCAACGUGCCCCCUCGAUCCUUGAAGACCAAUUUGGAACGCGACAAGGAACCGAAGGCGAAGAAACCAAGGUGCAAAGUGACUCCGGUUAUGAGGACUCCUAAUCUCGUACCGAUACAAAACAAUCACGCACCGGAGAGUUCCAAGACCAAAGACCUGACGAAGCUGGAACACCACAAGCACAGGAAACGACGAAACAAACGAGUGAUCGCUGAGAUCACCACCACGCCGCGGGAGGAUCUAUUGAAACUGAAGGUUCGGUUGACCCCGUGUCCACCGAGGAUCACGUCGAGCGGCGCGACCGGCCAGGCAAAAGAGAAAUUGCUGCAGAUGAGAGCCGUUAGACGAGAGAAGAUCAAAGCCACGACGAUAAGUCAGCAACGAUCGACAGGCGCGUUGGUGGCUCCGGGGGAAACUGCAGUUACGAAAGAGAACCUCGGAGAGACAGAGGAGACCAUCGAAGAAAUCAUAGACAGCAUACCUGACGAGGUCGUUCGAAUCGCGCAAAAUAUAACUGCUCCUCCGACGGAGGAUACUUCCGCCUCGGCCGAUAAGAUGGAUCAGAGAAGCAUGCCGCAGAGUUGUAGACCAUCGUCGAAAAAGGAAGAAACUGUGCCGGAAAUCGUGAAAAGAGUGGAACAGGUUGAACCAGAACGUCCGAAGAAGGACGAGGAGAUUCUUCGAAGAUUGGGUCUGGUAGCCGUGAACGAAGCCAGCGACAAUUUCCGGGAUAAAGCGAAGCAACGCGUGCAAAACAACGGGGAGAAGAUCGAUAACUUGAACAGAGAGAAACUCGAGAAACAAUUGCGCGAAAGUAAAGCGAAUCGUGUGAGAAGCUUGUUGGCUGAGAAACAGAUGCGCGACGCGUUGAAAACAAUGUCGAAGACGAAAGAGGAACAACAUUCUGCACCCAUUCAGGUCAGCGCCCCUCCGAAAAAGAAAGGCCCGCCACCACUAGCGCCACUGCGCGUAGCCAAGCCUUCUGGUUUUGCCACGUCGAGCGCCAUUUUAGAACCGAACAAUACCAAAUACGAGAUCCCGCUGGAUCUAAGCAGCGGUGGAGCGGUUCACAAUAACGUUCUCGAUCUGUCUGCGAAUUUAUCGGUCGCUAAUUAUUCCUCCUCCCCUUCCUCUUCGUCGUCCUCUUCACCUUCGUCCUCUUUGUCGUCGUCGUCGUCGUCGUCGUCGUCGUCGUCGUCGUCGUCGUCGUCGUCCUCGUCAUCCUGUACCCUGUCCUUGUUAAAACCAAGGCCAUCGCGACCAUCGAUCCCAACAGGAAGCUUACUAAGAGGAAAAGCGAAAGACCUGGAGCAACGACGAGGUCAAGACUCCAAUCUAGUGACACUUUCCGACGCGGCUGUGUCCCUGUUAAGCGGCUGCAUCACCGACGAGAAUUCGAUCGAUCCUUUGGUACUCAGCUCUGCCAACCUCGCCAGCAAAGUCGCCCUGCGAAUACCGCAACCUCAUCAAAGAAUCUCCGGUUUCGGAAUGAAAAUCAAACCAAACUUGAGUAUCAGGCACAUUCCUAAUCCUCAGGCUGUGGUCGCGUCGCAAUACAGGAAUCAAAGAGUCAGUUACUUCAAUUCUGCCUCGCAACAGCCACCGUAAUUCUCUCUCCGCUAACAGUACGAGCUAUCCUCCUGUGUAUCCUCCGUUCUUUUCACCACUUCCUAUGGUAAUAGCCAACAAUCUGGUCGGCGUCUCCGAUCUUUUUCGAACUUUAAUGCGUUGAAUAUCGUUACCGAGAGUGAGCAAACUAUCGCGAAAAAUAGUGUCGCGAGUACAAUUUUUUAUUUCGCUUCGUCGUUUUUAUUUUUAUGGACUCGUCCACUGCAGCUAAAGCGAUCAAGUUGUCGACGAUGAUAAUAGGGAAUGCGUUACAAAGAUCGACGUUCUGAACGAUUUUUCUCUUUACGUAUAACCGGCGGCUGGCCUUAGUUUUCAGACUAGGUUGGGUUAAUAUCAAUUCGAUCGCCGCGAGGCGGCCGGCCAGCGUUUCACUGCUUAAUCGCUUUAAAGAGUAACUGAAUAAAUUCGUUGAAUCUCAAUAAGAUGAAGCAACGAAACGUUGACCGCCCUUACGUCGCGUCCGAGUAUCUGACUCAGAAUCCACAAAGUUACACGAAUAAUCGACCGCGAGGUGAACGUGUCCUUCUAUAAUUAUGUGUUUUCUCAUUCAGCGUCAUUGUCCGGUCACAGCUUGCACAGUUUUUACUUUAGUUUCACUUCCACGUUGAACGAAUCGUCAAACGCAAAUGGAAAAAUGGUUCGACGUUUAGGCUUAGAUCUGACCCCAGUGUCAUCGAAUCGGCCAAUAAAAACGACGAUAUUCUGCAGGAUUUUCGCGAGAUCAAAGCUAGAUUUAGGUUUAGUUCUUGGCCAAAGAUCAAAGUACUUGUCAUAGCCUGCGUCGUUAUUUUUUGUGAUAUCUGGCUUCAUUCAAACGGCUGCUUAAGAUCAGAGAUGCUGACCAAAUCACUCGAUAUUACCACUUCCUGUUAUUAGAUUUAGAUGACGCUCUUACGGAAACAAGAUUCCUACGUGACCAAUCCAAAGGCUGUACGUUACCAUAUAUUUUCCCCCGCUUCCUAUAAUGUUUCGUAAAACGUGAUGAGUUUCGCGUGGGUGUGAAGACACAUGGUACACCCGGUAGCAUAAACUAGAGCGCCAGCUUGAACGGUGAAAGUGAAAAAGAAUGAUUGUGACAUUUAAUACAGCGCGAGUAAAUAUAUUCUAUUAGAUACUUUUUUCAAAACGAACAAGACUAAACGAAGAUCGUCUGUUACAGAAUGUUUUACAUUAAAGGAGAAGAAAAUAGCGACAAAACGAAUAACGCACGUGUUACCCUGUGUCUUUUCCUCUCAAAUGAGAAACAAUGGCGGUAUGUUUGUAAUGCAUGUACGUAUGUGUGUGUCUGUCUAUGAUCAACCAUUAAAUGCAAAUUAGUAUACCUACUUGUGGCCAGGCUGACAAAUUAAUUUGCGGAAAGAGUCGGCAAUUUGGCGGAUCCGUUUUAUUGGCAAUGGCACAACGCCUGACAGAGAUAUAUUAGACGUAGCGUAUAACGUAUGGUUAAGGGAUGUAGAGACAAGGAUAGCGAAUGAAUGGUUAGAGUGGAACGGCGGAUGGAUGAAGGAUAAACUUUCUUGUCCCCACGUGUUGUCGUUCCUUUUUUUAGAACCUUAGAGAAAUAUGUACUUCAUAGAGAUGCCAAAGAACGCCAGAGAACGUGUGCAAUGUACUAGUGCAAUUUAAUUAUCGUCUAUUAUGAUAUAAUAUAUUACGAGCGAUUUAUUGCGAUAGAAGGCCGAUUAUAAUUUCGUGGUAAAAGAGAAAAAGAAGAAGAAGAAGAAGAAGAAGAAGAAAAAAGAAAAAAACAAAGAAAGAGAGGGGAACAUGCUAGUGAUACAUAUAAGAACGGGCAACCCUUUAAAAAAAUUAGGUGAGAAGCUUCGAGGAGCUUUGUAAAAUCUUUGUAAUGUACACUCGAUUGUUCGUGUCGAGGUGUAUCGUUUUGAAUUGGAAGUUUAAAUAUGCAAAAUACGUACCUACCACUCGUACGUCGUAUCCUAUAAUAUUAAGGGAGUUUUUAUUCUACGAAGACGUAUAAACUCAUAUCGCUGUUACUGAUUUAUGAAUAAUAUAUUAUAGGUAUUAUCGUCCGAAGAUCGAUACGAUCGAGCGGUUUUUGAAAACAUUCGGAUAAAGAGUAACGUGGAGUGCGUUGUAAGCUCGUUGUAAGCUCGUUGUGCGUGAUAUAUGGCGAUUUUUAAUGCUGUAUCGGAAUCUGUACAGACUGCUCCUGUUCGUACAAGGACAGCAAUAAAGAUGAAUACGAUGAUUUCAAAGAAAUUUUAAACGAAACGUUUACUAGGAAUCCAAAUCCUACUCGAACGAUCAGAAUAAUUCAGCGUUUCCGGUAUUGCACAUCGAUCGAGCGUACACGUUGCGUAAAAAAGAUGUAUGUCGAUGGCCGAAUGAGAGUCAAGGUGGGUAUGUAAAAGUAAGAGUUCUAAACGUCUAGUCGAGUUAAAUACUGAAAAUAGGGGAACGGUGCCAACGAGUGCGGAGAAACAAUGGUGAAUAUCGAUACCCACGAUUCGCGACGAAGUCGGACGUUCGAAUCGGUUAGGAAAUUUGCAUCAAUUAUGGUUACAUGGUUACGCGUGGUCGGACGACAUUUGGAGAAAAAAGGGAACCACACGAUUUCGAAUUAGCUGAUAAUCAAAAAAAAAAAAAAAAAUAAAUAAAUAAAAAAAAGGAUAAAAAUAAAAAAAGAACUGCCAGUUUAGGAAAACGAGGAUUACAUUAGAGUCACAGUUCGUUAGGAUUUACGGUGAAGUAAAAGGGACCCAGAUUUUUACAUGUUAUUUUUCUACGGCCUUUUUAAACGGAAUCACUUUACGUUCAACCAUCACGAUCGAUCGUAAUUUUAUCCAUCGAUCCGCCAAUUAUAAAAUGCCCACGUUGAACAACUAGUAAGACAAUGUUCGUUCGAACCGAUGGUUUACGAAAGCGAUUAACGUAGCCCACGAAGACUGCGAAGAUUUUAAUGUCUGAUUUGUUGCAAGAGUCGAAUAGCUGCCAUGUGACUAUACCUACGUAAGUUCUACUUGAAAUAUUAACCCAUUGUUUAGAGCGACGAUCGUGUACUUGUUAACAACACGAACCGUUAUGUAUCGUAUCUAAAGUUACAGUUCGAAAAGACUUUAACGCGCAGAAGAAUAGAUAGCUGCGCCACGACAAGGGAUCAAGAAUUCUUUCCACCUUGGAAUAUCUUGAGGACAUUUCUUGAAACUAAUGUGCUCCCCAUCCCCAGAAGAAAACAAACAGAUGACGUAUCGUAAGCACAGAAUGUGAGAAAAGGAGAGGGAAAAGGAAAACGAAAUCGCGUCUUUGUGAUCAAAAAGCUUAUAUGUGAAUGUUUCAGAUUUUAAAGCAAGUUAAUAAGAAAUUAAUAAGAAAACGGAACAAUUUAUAUUUUAUCAUCGCGAAACCUAUCGUUCGUCGCAAUUACGUGAAACCUCUGUUUGUAAACUGUAGGGAUUGUAACGAUAAACGUAAUCGGUUGUGCUUCGAAAAUAUUUCCACGAUAACUCCAUGAAAUAGUAUACAAGUAAUCAACGCAGUUAUUAUCAAUGUCAUUCUCAUAAAUAUUAAACGUGUAACGCAAUACAGUAUUUCCAUAAUAAACAAGCUGUGAGUUGUAAUCGAACAAAGAACAUCAAUAAUCACCGAGAAUACAGUUGUUCAAAUACUUCAAACCUUCUUCGUUCUCCAUCAUCUACCUUUGAUUAAACAUUUUACGAAACUUUUUCGUUGUCGCUUACAAAACGGUCCUAGGAUUGCUGAUUUUUCUUUCACACAUUGCGCGCCAUCCGAGCGUUAUGAUCGAACUUUUAAGCGACUGGAAGGUGUAAGCGAAGCGGCGUGCGUAUUGUGUUUUAUCAAAAUCGACAGGAAAAAAAUGGAAAAUUACCGUAGAUUAAGUCAGCAAAAUAACCCAGGCUAUAAGCGCGUAUAUUACUUACUACCUACUUAUAUAUCUAAUGUCAUUGAUCGUUCGAGUAUCUAAUUAUCCAUGUCAUUAUCGCGAGGUUGGGCGCGUUUGAAAACGUCGCCUUACAUCUUGCCGACGAAUAGUAAUCGGCAAUGUUUGUUAUCGCUAAUUAGCUAGCGUUUACUUUGAUGUUUUGUUAAAAUUGUUUUUGAGAAUCAUGUUACAUGAAGUGUACGAUCCAUUGCUCGUCAAUAAAUCGUGAUGUGUAUAAUCAUAA